AUGACGACACCGACGCUCACGAACCCGUCUUUGACCGCUGCGAUAUGCUCGCUCGAACACAAAGCCUGGGCAGCGCUAUGCAGCUCUGGCGCCGAACUCGUCCCGCUUCUCUCCAGCAAUCCCGUCAUGAUCUUCCCGAGCAACCUCAUCCUCACCUCCGUAUCUUCCCCGACAGUCCACGAUAUGCUUCAGGGUUCCGACUUCCAGCCCUGGAAGUCAUACAAACUCAGCCACGAUGAAGUCGUUAUACUGGGCAAGGACAGCGCGCUCAUCUACUACCGCGUAGAGGCGACAAGGGACAGCGAGACGUUCAGGGCCAUCUGCUCGAGCGCAUGGGUGCUGGAAGGUGCUUCAGAGGGCGUUACAGGCGAUUGGAAGAUGGCGCACCACCAGCAGACGCUGAUCUAG